CCUAGCGCCCACCGGCUCCGUGGAUGGGCAACUUCAACCCCGGGACUGGACUCGUCCAGGCCUGGGGCAUGCCCUUCCGCGCGCCUGCCUCUGGCGUUUUGGGCCCCCGUCCACCGUUCCCAGCCCAACAGGCGAUGAUGGCACACCACCAACCUUCUCCCGCGCCGGGCUCUUCCUCCUCCUCCGUCACGUCCGCCUGGGACACCAGCGCCCUCUACGCCGCCCUCAACAACGCCGGCGUCGCCACCCAGCCGCCAAGCUCCGUAGAUUGGUACCUCAACACCGGCGCCUCCUCGCACAUGUCAUCCGCCUCCGGAUCUGGCCACUCAAACGGUGAUGCUCCGAUGUGAGAACUCCGGCGACCUCUACCCUCUGCGGCAGCCACAGCACCAAGCCCUCACUGCCUCGUCGUCACCAACGGUGGAGCUGUGGCACAACCGCCUUGGGCAUCCAGGCUCGCGCGCUCUCCAUCAGAUUCUCCAGUCCUUUGAUUUCCAGUGUAAUAAAUCAGCUGCUCACUCGUGCCAUCAUUGUCAGCUGGGCAAACAUGUUAGGCUGCCUUUUGCUUCUUCAGAUACACCCAUUUAUUUCCCUUUUCAGUUAGUGCAUUCCGAUGUUUGGACAUCUCCAGCUUACAGCAAUUCGGGCUAUAAGUACUAUGUUGUUUUGAUUGAUGCCUACACUCAUUACAUAUGGACUUUCCCGAUU